UGGACAUGAAACAUCGAUUUUAUUUGAAAUUUUACAUUAUUUUAAAGCUUUUGCUAAGAGUAUAGCACAUUACAACAGCGAAAACAAUUGGUUCUAGCAACAACAUUAAUGUAUUAUUAAUGUACAAUAUCAUACAAUAUUCAUGUACAUUGACCUUUAAUGCUGUUUUGAUUCCCAUGAAGGUGCCAGCUGGCGUUCAUGUAAAAUUAAAGAAACAAGGAUUGAUUUUUAUGAAUUUAUGAAGUGAAAUUAGCACCUGUAAAUACCUGCCAGUGCCUAUUAUAAUCAAAAUGUUGUAGCAAUAAAAAAAAAAAAACUUUAGUAUUGAUUUAAAUUUAUUAAUUGAUCACAAUUAUUAAUAUUACAAUGUGACUCUUCUAUUUAUUAUUUCUAACAUUUUUAAUAUUUUAAAUAAAAUAUUUAAACUGUCAAUCAAUCGUGAACGGUUUAGAGGUAACUUCCGGACCGAGAAGUAGCUUAGCUCCGCCCCCCUCGGUCACCAUAUUCUUCCAUCAGUUUUAUUUCUACGGAUAGAAUCCUGCCACCCGGAAGUUUCCCAUGGAUGAUGUUGGCGAUUACAGCGCGCUGAUUUGUUCGUCCAUUGCGCCUCCGUCUAGCGUUCACUGAACCGAGUGACCGAGGAUGUGAGGCUGUUUGAAUUCCCCAUCAGGCUCCUCCAGCAUGAAGAAGAGAAGCGCGUGAGCGGAUCUUAGUGAAGGCAGUGUGAUUUCGGCAGGAUGCUCAGGCUGUUCGCGGCGCUGAUGAUUGUUGGGCUGCUGCUCGCGUGCUUCACUUCCUGGCUGUUUGACAGCUAUGACACCGCCUGGCACCCGAAGCGCAGUUUACAUCAGUCCAAGAAGAUCGGUCCACCGUAUCCCAGCGGGCAGCUGGACAAUAUAUUUUGGUUUGUGCAGGUGUCCGACAUCCAUAUCAGUCGUUUCCACGAUCCAAGGCGCAUUCCAGACUUCGAAAGGUUCUGUAGUGACACUAUUGAUGUGAUAAAACCUGAUCUUGUGCUGGCCACAGGGGACUUAACAGAUGCAAAGACUGAGAGUAAAAUUGGCUCUCUUCAACAUGAAGUGGAGUGGCAGUCCUACCACAACAUCCUUAAAAGAUCACGAGUGCUGGAACGCACAAAAUGGAUUGACAUUCGGGGAAACCAUGAUGCCUUUAAUAUUAUUUCUCUGGAGAGCGUGAACAAUUAUUACAGGAAGUACUCUGCCAAUCAGAAAGUUGGAUCCUUCCACUACAUACACAGAACCCCGUUUGGGAACUACUCCUUCAUUUGUGCCGAUGCCACUCUGACCCCUGGACCCAAACGGCCCUAUAACUUCUUUGGGAUUAUCAAUCAAACUCAGAUGGACAUGUUGGCGACCUUUAGAGAGGAGAGCCUGAGCAGUAACAAGUCCAUCUGGUUUGGACAUUAUACCACAUCUACUGUCAUCUCCCCCUUCCCAGGAAUCCGAGAGCUCAUGAGUACAGCUGUAGCGUACUUGUGUGGGCACCUACAUACACUAGGAGGCUUCAUGCCAGUACUGCACAGUCGACAUCAAGGAGGCACGCUGGAGUUAGAGCUGGGAGACUGGAUGGAGAACCGCAGGUACAGGAUAUUGGCUUUCGACCAUGACCUGCUUAGUUUCUCCGAUUUGACGUUUGAGGACUGGCCAGCUGUGCUGAUCACCAAUCCCAAAGACGCACAGUACCUUCACCCAGGAGUGGAGCCUCUGGGUCGUAUCCGCAGUUCCACGCACAUCAGGGUCCUGGCUUUUUCUGAGUCUGCGAUCACAGCUGUGUAUGUGAGUGUGGAUGGACUUUCACUGGGAAAAGCGGUCAGCGCAGGGGGUCCUCUAUAUGUGCUGCUUUGGGAUCCAACGCUUUACGCUACUGGACUGCACACUAUCAGAGUUAAAGUGGAGGACUCGGCAGGUCGCUCAAAAGUGCGAGAGCAGCAGUUCACACUGGAGGAGGACCUCACGCCCAGCUUUGGCUUCAUGCAGUCCUUCAUCCUCCUCACAGACCACUACAUACUGGCACGGAUUGGCUUUGUGGCAAUAGUCUUACUAAACCUUGGUGGGCUUGUACUCUUCAGAUUUAUGCCUGUAUCUUCAACGAGAGGGCUGUUUUUUCAAGUGCUGAUGCCCCUGCAUCUUGUCAGUAAGAGCAACGUGUUCUUCUACUCUCUGCUGCUGUUCAACCUGUGUACGGCAUUAGGUCCAUGGUUCAUUGGGGAAGUCAUUGAUGGACACAAUGGAGCCUGCUUUGCUUUUGGCGUGUUUGUGGAUGGGCAUUUCCUUGAAGGCAGUCUGACAUAUGUUGUGGGAGUCAUACAGGUGCUUUUCUUCAAUAUGCCUCUCACUUAUUACCUCUGCUGGAGUCUUCACCACAGGUGUCGUGGCACCAACUUCCGCUCACAGUUCUGCCGGCCGGGCUGCCGAUGGAGGACUCUGGCGAUGCACUUGGGCAUGCUGGUCCUCAUGAUCUGGCAAGCCUAUUCUUGCUACUUCCUGCUGGAGACCUAUGGGCCACUGGCCUUCUUCCUGUCUCCCGUACGUACCUGGGCCUUUCUCAUGGGCCUGCUGUUGGUGUACAGGGCAUGGUGGGGAACACCUCCUCGUUUCUCCGAUGGCAGCAAAACCAACCGGCCAUUGUGAUGGUGACCGUUGAAGAGAGGCCUUCACCUGUAUCGUUGUUUUGUGCCAAGCUCUUCCCUCCUUUCGCCGCUGUAUUCGCGGUCAUCAAAUUGCCAGUCAUUUCCAUUACAGAUUAGCAUAGCGAAAAUAGUCUUCAGUUAAUAUACAUAUCCGUUGUAUGGAGCGAUGAUGGCAUCACACGUGGAUGACGGAGCCGUUUAAAACCUUUGACACUGGUAGCUUUUAUAGCCAAUUCCCACCAUUGUGAACCCAUGCAGUGUCCUAACAGAUGUGUGUGGUAGAGCAUACCAAUUACUUUGAUAAACUGCACAUUAUGUACUUGUCAAAUUAUGUUUGUUUUUAUGUGUGAGGAGCAAUCAAGAAAGGAAUACGACUGCCUGAUAUUCUUAUCUGCAUGAAACUGCCACUUCACUGAGAGGUCAUUCAAAAUGGAUCCUCUCAAAUGGUUUUUAAAGCAUAUAAAACACACUGUAAAGAGAUAUCCAUUUCAAAAAAUCCUUACGCCAGUAGACAAUAAUAUGUAAAGGAUAAUUUAAGGGAUGAAGCUGGUCAUUGUCGCAAAUUAACUUUGUUCCAGACAGAAUCAUAUACCACUCCACCAAUGAAAAUAAUUUCAAAAGAAGCCAAAGCAUCAAGCUUUGCACGUCACACCAAGCAACAAACAGAUUGGAGUUGUGUAUGUGAUUGUAAUGGGACACUGUUCAGCCAAUCAGAUUAGACAAUCCGAACUAUAAUGAUCAGCUGACUGCACAUUAUCCCCCCUUAUUACAUGACAUAAAAUUUGGGCAUUUUUUAAGAAAAAUCUGUACUGCGAUACAAGGGACAUGAAAUUGCCUGUGACAAUGUUAAAUUGUAUAGUUUAGUGGUUAUUAUACAAAAAUAUUUGAUGUAAAAUGCCAACAUUGACCAGAAUUUGUCAGAAUUUAAGGAUUAGUUCACCCAAAAAAAUUAAAAUUCCUUUAUGUUGUUCCAAACCUGUAAAAGGUGCGUUCACACCAAGAAUGAUAACGAUAUUUGCGUCCACACCAACGAGCGAUAACGGUCUGUUUAUUGUAAGAUCACGCGCUGCGGUUUUAAAUUGUGUACGUUUUUGCUGUUCUUGUUGCAUUUACACGGCUUUAACCAGUAGAUGUCCUCAGCAUGCUGUGUUUAAGUGAAUAGCUAGCGUAACCGAUCUAAUCUAACAGUGAAUUUAGCUGACGAAGUCAAUAUAGUGGAAUAAAAACAACGCCUACUCUUUUUCACUGCAACUUCAAAGGAAGCAAGACAAUGUUGUCGAAACUAGCGCUGGAUAUCUGAGGUAAUUUUAUGUUACACCGUUUGCUAUAAUGAUCUCAUCGUUAAUACUUCUUCUCACCGUUUAGUCCGAUUGUUCUCCAUAUAUCCAUUUUCUUUAAAGCAUCCUUGAAAAAGGGGUUUGACUUGUCAAACAGUGGUGGCUUUUUCUGGACUACGGCGAUUCUCCGCAAAGUCGUCCGCCAUUUUAAAUGCGCGAGCGCUUAAAUUAGAAUGGAUUCUGAUUGGCUGUCAGUGUUUUAUCGUUCUGAAAGUGAUCCCAACAAUAUCGUUUCUCUGUCGUUAUCGUUAUAGCUGUGGUGUAGACACUGCUAUUCUUUUAUAUUUAGAACAAAUUUUAGAACUAUAUCUUUAUAGUUAUCGUUCUUGGUAUGAACGGUAGACUUUUGUUCAUCUUCAAAACACAAAUGAAGAUGUACAGAAGCUCAAUAGUACUUAAUGUGCAAGAGCAAACCUCAUUGGUUCUCACGCGUCAAUCUAUCAAGUUUGAGCUUCCGUUGUCCAUAUUUGAUGUUCGUUGAUCAAUGUUUAGCUAUAUGUGAAUAAAAGCCUAAAUUAGCUACAUGUGGUUAUAUAAAACAAUAGUGUAAUGGACUUUCAAUGGAGUGACAGAAACCUUUCAGUAAUCAUUACAAAUAUCUUCAUGUGUGUUUCAAAGAUAAAAGUCUUACGGGUUUGGAGCGACAUGAGGGUGAGUUAUUGAUGACAGAAUUUUAAUUUCUGAGUAAACUAACCUUUUAAGUAUUUUGCAGAGCUGUGUGAUAAGUAAACCUCUUCCCUGCCAAAGUUUUAUUCACCCUCUUAUAGUGUAAGAACUUGGUUUUGAACUACAAUUCACCUAUUAAACAUAUUCAAAUGCAUAUUCCAAAAAAGACUCUACUCUCAAAAGGAAGAAACCACUAAUAUUUAUACAGAUGAGCAUGAAUGUAGAAUGCUUUUGUUGCACAAUGGUUCAUAGUCACAGUUAAUACACUAAAUAAUGACCACUUAAUAGUACACAUCUAAACACGUGCUGAAAAUGUUGGCCUGCUCAAGGGUACAUCCCGAUGUAGCAUAUAGAAUAAAACACUGAACACAUGGAAACAAUCAAACGUGCACAAUUCUGUUAUGUUUAUUAGAGAAACGUUGUUAAACAGCUCUUUUAUAGUUGGUUUUUCACAAUUACAAACCACACAAACAACCUAAAGACAAUUGACAUUUUCGGGGGCUAGUUUGAAAAGAAACUUUGUGUUGUCAUUGAGGUCUGUCAUUUUUUGCCCCCAUAAUCCUCUUGACAGGUGACAGAGUAAGCUGUAACACAAGUUUCUGGUGGAUUCACUGACAUUCCUAUUUUGUCGGGUCACUCAAGGUCUCUGUUCUCUCUCAGGAAAGUAAAGACUUGAACAAUAGGCUGCUCUAGUUUGUCUUUCAAUGACCUGAAUGUUAUUUUGAAAGAGUUUUGUUGCAGUUUUAAGGCACACGAUAGUGAGAACGAACAUUUUUAGAAGAUUCCACAUUUACUCAGUACAUGUUAAUCUAGAUUUGUGGUGAACCAAUAGGACUUUGAAUGUUUGAUGAAGAAAUAUCUGCUUAUAUGUGAUUUGGUUUUAAAUGCUGUAUUUAAUUUUUUAAUUAUUUUAACGUAUUCAUCCACAUAUUGAUAUUGUAAUGUAUAUUCCUUCCAGUUGUUCUGCACUGUUUUAUGGGCAUUCUCUGUUUCUGUGAUCAUGUGGCUUUUGUAAUUCCACUGAUGUUAGAAAGUGCUAUUCACAUUUUUUUGUGUGGAAGACACAAAAAUAGUUUCUUUUCAGUGAAAGAUGAAUGCAUAUUUACUUAUUCAGAAUUUACUUUUAAAAAUUGGCGUCACCUCAAAAAGAAACUCUUUAUUCAGCAGACAAUGUUGUUUAUCCACAUGAAAAUGACCUCAAUUUAUAUUUCCCACAUUUCUGGACCUCUGAAUCAUCUUGCAUUGGAAUUGAUUUAUCUGGCUGUAUUUAUGUACUGUAUAACAAAGUAAAGGGGUUUCAUAUUGUGACUUUCA